UUUGCGUAAGACAACAGAGCAUUCUGCCGAGAGCACGAAACCAAACAGGUCAGAGAAGCUAUCUUGUUUUGUGGACAUUUGCUGUUUGAUCAUUUCUAAGCAAACACUGCGAUCCCUCCGGGCCACCAAUGUGUGUUUUGAAGGCACAGGCAGCUGAGUCGGUAUGUCAGUAGUUACGACGACCUUUGUGCCGCUGGGAUAAUGUUAAGACUUUCUGGACUCUGGUCCCUUAAAGUUGAUUUCUUUGCUUGAAGUGUUAUGCAGGACCAAACAAAUCCAUGAGGACUUCUGACGGCAUACGUGAUUGUGGAAUCAAGACCGUGUUUUUUGGGGGAGUUUGGCGUUAUUUAGUAUGUCUUCUCUGCCAGUCUUGGUACCAGUUUGCGGAGCGACAUGCAGAGGCGGGACAGAGGGAGGGGGCGUGAUCACACAAGUUGACAGGUGCACGUGUGUGUGUGCACACAAGGGAGAUGGACAAAUACACAUGAGCGGAGUACGGGAUGCAGGAGCUAGUCCUUUCGUUACCCGUGGAGGUGUAGAUGGAACGGGAGGAAGAGGAGGCGUGGGAAAUGAUGAGUAGGAAGGAGUCGGGCCGUGAGAGGUUUGUCUGCAUCUCAGUGGCACAGAUGGAGAGCUACUACACUUACGCCCAGUGCUGCCAACAGCUGCUUUAUGAAAUCCUACAGACACAAGAUGUUCCUCUGUGUGCGGCACAAAUUGGCUCUGAGCUCCAGAAGCAGUUUGCCACCCUGCCAGGGGGCCGCGGGACUGAUGGCAGCCCCAUCAUCAUCUUCCCAGAAUUCCCAUCUUUCAGCGAGCUGGAAGAAGAGGAGAUCCAAAAUGUCCUUGGCUACCUCACCAGAGUCCCCAGCGCUGCAGCAUCAGGAGUAGGCUUCAUCCUAAUCAUCGACAGGCGACUGGACCGAUGGGCCGCUGUCAGGGCUACCCUGCUCCGGAUUGCAGGCUCCUUUCCAGGAAAUGUAAACUUGGUUCUGGUGCUGCGUCCCACUACUUUGCUCCAGCGGGCACUGUCGGACUUCCUCUUCAAGUUCAACAAGGAUGAGUUCAAGAUGAAGGUGGUCAUGCUGAGUUCGGUGACCGAGCUCCAUGCCUAUAUCGACCCAGGACAACUAACCACAGAUUUGGGGGGCUCGCAGGAAUACUGCCAUGAAAGCUGGAUUUCACAUCGCACCGCCAUUGAAGCGUUUGCUCUCAUGGUGAAGACAACAGCUCACACUCUGCAGGCCUUUGGCACCGAGCUGGCAGAGACAGAAUUACCCAACGAUGCAGAGGCCACCACCAGCCUGCUCCACGCGCACUCGCUGAAGAAGGACAAAAUGAAGGAGGACCUGCAGGUGGCGCAGUCUCAAGGAGGCCGCCUGUUGGAGUGCAUCAAUGAGCCUCUGCACACGGACCCAGACUACAACAUGACCCAUGAUGAGUUGGACAACUUAGCCACUGUACAGCGACUCCUGGGUCAGUUGGAUGAGACCGAGACGGCAUUUGACGACUUCUGGGAGCGGCACCGUACCAAACUGGAGCAGUGUCUGCAGCUUCGCCAUUUCGAGCAACACUUCCGUGAAGUACGCUCCCAGCUGGACGUGAUAUCACAGCGGUUAUGCAGCUUCUCAGAGGUCAGCGUGAGCCCCGCCCACGCCGAGCACGUCCUCCAAGAGCUUAGCAGUCACGAGGAAAAGGCCUGUGACCUUCUGGACUACGCCCUGUCACUAGCCAGCGAAGGUGACCGGCUAAUCGAGAGCUCUCACUACGCUGAGGACUCUAUUCGGCCGAAGUGCAGCGAGCUGCGGGGUGUGUGUGAAGAAAUCAGUUCCACUCUUAGGAACAAGAAGAGCUUCCUGUUAACAGCAAUGGAGCUCCACCAGGCUCUGGAGAAGGCUUCCCGUUGGUGCGAAGAGGGAAUCUUUUUAUUGGCGAGCCAGCCAGUAGACCGAUGUCAGUCACAGGAUGGAGCGGAGGCAGCCCUGCAAGAGCUGGAACGAUACCUGGAGACCGCAUUGCUUCAUACCCUCGUCGACUGCGGUGCCAUCUGCUGCCAGUAUGAGGCGGUGCUCACACCUCAGCUAAGGGACCAGGUCGAUAGAGUUUUCCAGAAGCAAAGCUCGGUCCAGGAGAUGUUUGAGAAGAGACGCAUCAGCCUGAAGAAACUUGCCGCCAAACAAACACGUCCAGUUCAGCCUGUGGCACCCAGACCAGAAGUCAAAUCCCCUCAGGCAUCCCCCACUCAACAGAGAAAAGAGCGAAGGUACUCUGCAGAUAAUGCCCUCUGCAAAAAGUUGGAGUCUCCUUUACACAAUGGCGGCACCAGACAUGCCUCCCUCUCAGAGGAGGAAGAAAACCUGGCUGUGCUGCGGCGCCAUGUGAUGAAUGAACUGCUGGAGACGGAGAGAGCAUAUGUGGAGGAGCUUCUGUGUGUUUUGGAGGGCUAUGCAGCAGAGAUGGACAACCCCACCGUGGCUCCCCUCAUUCCCAGUGUCUUGCUGAGCAAGAAGGACAUCCUCUUUGGGAAUAUGUCUGAAAUCUACCAGUUUCAUAAGAGGACAUUUCUGAAGGAACUGGAGGCAUACACUGACUGCCCUGAACUUGUGGGCCGCUGCUUUUUAGAAAGAAUGAAGGACCUACAGAUCUACGAGGCUUACUGCCAGAAUAAACCUCGCUCUGAGAGCUUAUGGAGACAGUUCUCGGACUGUGCCUUCUUCCAGGAGUGUCAAAAGAAGCUGGAGCAUAAACUUGGAUUGGACUCCUACCUCCUUAAACCUGUUCAGAGAAUCACCAAGUACCAGCUGCUGUUGAAGGAGUUAUUAAAAUACAGCAAAGGUUGUGAUGGCUGCAACGACCUCCAGGAGGCGCUCUCCUCCAUUCUGGGCAUCCUGAAAGCUGUCAAUGACUCCAUGCACCUGAUUGCCAUCACAGGAUAUGAGGGAAACCUCUCGGAGCUGGGUCGGUUGCUCAUGCAGGGCUCCUUCAGUGUGUGGACGGAGCACAAGAAAGGUCAUGCCAAGGUCAAGGACUUAGCCAGGUUCAAGCCCAUGCAGAGGCACCUGUUCUUGCAUGAGAAGGCCCUGCUCUUCUGCAAGAGGAGGGAGGAGAAUGGCGAGGGAUACGAAAAAGCCCCGUCGUACAGCUUUAAACACUCUCUCAAUAUGAGUGCAGUGGGGAUUACAGAGAGCGCUAAAGGAGACAACAAGAAGUUUGAGAUUUGGUGUAAUUCCAGAGAGGAGGUCUUUAUUGUCCAGGCUCCUACGCCUGAGAUCAAAACGGCGUGGGUGAAUGAGAUCCGCAAAGUUCUCACCCAACAGCUGAAAGCCUACAGAGAUGCCAGCCAGCAGAAGAGCGGCGACUCCCCAAACCACACCAGCAACAACAGCUCUAUCUCCCUCAGCCCCUUUUGGAGCAGUAGCCAGAAGAACCAGAAGAAGCAGGACGAGAAGAAGCCAGAGGCGAGCCCCGUGUCCGACAGCGUCUCUUCGCCCAAACACAAAGAUGAGACGGUGACAAGUCCAACCACGGACAGGUCCUCCGUGGCUAGAAAGCGUUUUACUUUGCAGGGCUUCAGCAAUCUCAAGAGUCCAAAAGGCUCGGCCUUGAGCCCCGAGCACAGUGCCAAGCACGGCUUGGCCAAGAGUAACCCAACUCCGUUGGGGUUCAAAGGUUGGACCAAGACAUCGCUCUCGGUGGACGCCUCUGAGGAGAAUGAUGGCUACUCCAGUGGAGAGGAGCCACUGAACUCUGACCCCGAAGAUGACGUAGCACAGAAACUUGUUCCAGGAAAGUACACAGUGGUAGCAGACUGCGAGAAGGCAGGGCCUCACGAGCUGUCAGUCAAGAGUGGAGACGUGGUGCAGCUGAUCAGAGAGGGAGAGGAGGGACAAUGGUUUGUGAAGAACCUCCGCAGCAACAAGGAGGGCUGGGUGGCACCAGCAAACCUUCUGGGCCUCAUAUCGGAGUCCAAGUCGUCUCAGUCGCUCAGCAGCUCAGAUGACAGCGUCUCCGGCAACCUCAGCACCUCCUCCAGCUGUAGCGAGACCUACACCAGCUAUUCCGACAUCAAACCCUGACCCGUCCAGCACCGCGGUUUGCUAAAUUUCAACAGAAAACCGUCAGUGACACUGGUAUAACGGUCUCUUGGUGCGUUUAACGAUGUAGCAUUGACACUGACCCAUUUCAAGAAUGUGCGCUUGAUUUUUUUGGGAGCGUACCGACGGCAGUGAGUCACAGCAAGGCCAAGGAAAACCUUGCUGAGACGCAGCGCUGUGAAAACUAGCAUCAGGCUGCAACUCUGCUCGAUAUAUCAUUCUGAAAGUGCAGCUUCAAGACACAGCACCACCAUCUAAUGGUCAGCCAGGCCUCUUGUCGUGUAGACAACGCAAUCAGAGAGGGGACUUGGACCUUGUUCUUUUGUCGGGCUCGCCUCUCAGCUGCUCUGGAUUAACCCCUGAGGAAGCCUGGGGCUGGUAGGUGUGACUACAUUCCUGCCCCACAGGGACUAAAGUCUUUAGUGUGCACAUUCUUGCACAUGUACAAAUAUGUUCUUCGUCAUGGUCACCAAACCACAUUUGAAUGCGUAGCCUCAUUAGUUCCACCUACGGGAUUCUUUCUGCUCGUCUGCUAAGAAAUGAGUUGUCGGAACUUCAAUUUCUUAUUAUUUUCGCCCAUUUUGUACUUCAUGACCACUGUGCUUGUUUAUAUCUCCGGCCUGCAUUCAGGAACAAAAACAGGCUGUUGUCCCAGCCCAGCUCAGGCAUUUGAUAGUAGUCACUUCCCUCCAAGCAGCCAGACCAAGACCUGCUUGGCUUGUUUGCACCUUUCAGCCUUAUAACGCUCUUUCUUUAGAGCGGUGCUCGCUGACAGACUUGUCACUAGGUGCAAGAAAUGUGUGAUGUGUUGCACCUCCGACAAUCACCCAGGAACCUUUUCCGGCACUCGUCCCUCGUACCGCGCUCGCAAAGCAAUCCCUUUGUUUCGAUUCUUGAUAAACGUGUGACAAUGUACCUCACUGUUGCAGUAAAGGCAGCCCCACCCGUUUAUUGCUCGGAACGGCUCGUAUUUGUCUCCAGUCCCACUCUUCUUGAGCAUGUAUCCUGGCUGCUACUCAAAGUAAAAUUUUCCCUCUGUCAAAUCGAAUUCCCCAACACGGAAUGCAUGUCUCUUAGCAGUGAAAGGACAUGUUGUUCACUCGCAAAAGAUAAAAUCUGAUAAAACUGAAGCUGUCCUCUCGUGUAUUGGUCAGUGUAACACAGAAGUGUAUGUUGCUGUUGUACAAAUGUGUUCUCUCUCUGUUUGUAUACUAUAUAUACCUCACACGUAUUCCUCCUCAAGAGCAUGCUAGUCAUGAAGAGGACUUUUUGUGAGUCUUUUGUGUGUCCUCCCUCAAACAUUUGUACCAGCUAGUACAUUGUUUGUGUACAGUGUUUAUUUUCUGCCCGACAACAGGCACUAAACUUGAUCACAAUUAUUUGUACUUUUGAGGCUGGAGAAAUUGGUUAUAUUUUCUACUUUAAUUUUUAUGCAGCACAUUGCAGCAACCAUGGUCUUUAUUUUCCUACUGUAUAUCUGCUGAUUAUGGCAUUGAUAUAAAAGCUAUUAUCUGUGUAUAUUUGUAAAUAUGUAAUUCUUUGUGUGUAAAAUCAGAAGCUGCUUUAAUAAAGUCUGAGAUGAUUUCCUCUAUACAUAUUUGUUUUAGUUCUUCAAGUGGGGAAGAAAUACUUUUAUAGACCAAAUUUAUUUAUCCACUAGCGGUGCUGGUUUUAUAUACAUAUUUAUAAAAAUGCACACACUGCGUCGAAAACGUAUCGUCGGCACGUGGAAGCUACGGUC